AUGCUCGACUUCCAGCGUGUCUCCUGCUGGAUCGAUACGCUACCCGAUACCUUGCCCAACACAUUACCUCAUCUCCGUCCGCACGACGAGCAUCCGCCACGACUGCACACUAAGUUCUCGUCCACGAAGCGAAAGACCCCCCAGCAAGAGCCCAGCCCUCCCUCAUCGCUGGACGACCCGACUGAGAUGGAAGAACACACACCCAAGCGACGCCGAACGGGCGACCCGAAUCGCACGCCGCGACCAACAAACCGAGGCACCAUGUCUUCAGCUGCGAGCUCCACAGCCAGCUCGCUUGCGCCCUCGGAAGGCAGCGAGGCACCUUCGCGGUCAUCGUCCCCGAAGAAACAAAUGAUGAGCUUGCGCUUGGAUGACGGAGGGCUCGAGUGCCGACAGCUCAACAUUGACACUGCGCCUCCCGCCGUAGCCGACUUGCUCGUCGCAAUACGGGAGAUUGGCAACGGGCUCGAGAUUAUUCCCCACGCGAACAAGACGAUGAUCCUUCAAAACCCACACGUUCGAGACCAAAACAUGCGCAUCUGGCGAUAUGCGUUCAAAGAGCCCGACGCGAUAGACACGCUUCCCGGUUAUACUCCAGCAACAGACGAGGUGGCUCUGGUGUGUGAACUAGCGCGGCAAUGUCACGAUAAAAGCCACGAGGAGGCAUCUUGGAACAUGGAGGUGCAUCACCGCCUGCUGCAGGCCGUCUUCAGGAAGACGGGAUCUUCCGAGGGCGACCUAUUCAACUUUACAACAUGCACAACUGCCCGUCCGCACAGCAAAUACCUUCCGUACUCCUCGCCCGCCAAGAUGGUCGACUUCUGCCUCUACCUCGACAGCCCCAGCGAUACUGACUCCCUACAAGCCCUCGGUCGCCGAACCCCAACGCUGACCGUCAAUCACACCGACUUCGCGCCGUUGCAGCUAUCCCCCAUCGCCCUGAGCAUCGAGACUAAGCGUCCCGGGAAGGAACUCGACGCGGCGCAGCUACAAAUGGGCAUCUGGCACGCGGCGCAGUGGAAGUUUCUACGCUCCGUCGUCGGGUUGACGGGGCAGCCUUUGUCGAGCGCAGAAGAGCUGCCGAGGAGGCAGCUGGCCGACCAGGCGCUGGCAGAGCUUGGGUUCAUACCGGGAAUCAUUGUACAGGGCCACCGCUGGCUGUUUGUCUUUUCAACGCUCGAGGACAAGAAGACGGUGCUCUGGACGGAGCGGCAAUUUGGCACGACCCAAAGCAUCUUGGACACGUACCAGAUCGUGGCGGGACUUCGUCAGCUCGCAGGAUGGGUGAGGGAUGUCUACUUGCCGUGGUUCCAGUGCAAGGUUCUCGAGGUUGAGAAUGGAACUUGA